CAUGUAAGCAAGUAUCGCGCGCCCAUUACGAACAGUUUCUCCUUCCUUCUUCAAUAUUUUUAUGAUGUGGAAAAUAACGAAGCAAUUGCUGUGCAGUUUGGUUUUGAACUGUAUUUUUUCAUUCGUAGUAACAACGAACGCAAUCGCAGAUGAGAGCUUUCAAAAUGAGUUCCUGGAUACUCACAACGCCUACAGAACACUGCACAACGCACCGCCUAUGACACUUAACAGUGAGCUGAAUGCUGAAGCUCAGAGAUGGGCAGAGCACUUGCUGGUUUUGGGUACUCUAAAGCACAGUGACAGCAGUGAUGGCGAGAAUAUUUAUUACAAGUGGAGCUUGGCCAUUAAAUUAACAGGAAAAGAAGCAGUUGAUUUGUGGUACAGUGAAGUUAAGGAAUAUAAUUGGACAAGGCCAGGGUAUCAAACCAAUACAGGUCAUUUUACACAGGUUGUGUGGAAAGAAAGCACCCAACUGGGAGUUGGUUUGGCCACUGAUGGCAACAAAGCUUUUGUUGUUGGGCAGUAUCGACCCGCAGGCAACAUCAACACGGAGCAGGACUAUAUUGAAAAUGUCCUCCAACAAGAAUGAGGGAUUUGCAUUUUAAAGCUGGCGGACGACCAACUGGUGGUGGCGAGAACCCAAAGGACACCUGCAUACUGUGGUAGAAAACCUACAAUGUUUUAGUACUGGAUUCCAGCCUGCGUAUGAAGACAUGUAUUGUGUUUAAAAAUUGUAAUUGAUUUUUUUUUUACUAACGAUAAGACACAUUGUAGUCUGGGAAAUAAAUAAUCUUGUACUAGAGCUUGGUGAUAUGGCCUAAAAUCGAAAUCUCCUUUUUUUUUUUUUUUUU